AUGGCAACUGAACUCCCGCCCGCCCCACCGAUCCCUGGCGAAGCAAUGCUAGAGAUAUUUGUACACCGCUCCCUCCGUAACACGGGGAAUGCACUGAACCCCGACUCUGCCUACGGAAACGGCGAAAGGCUCGUCGCACUCGGGAGCAAGGUGCUCGAGGCGGUGUAUGCCCACGUCCUCUUCCGCAAGAAACCCCCGAUGUCGGCCGCCGCUCUGAGCAUUGAACAGGAAAAGCUUCCCGAGCACGUCGCGAGAUGGGUCGGAGAGUAUCAGUGGAUGGAGAAGAUUCGACACUCGCAGGACGUGGAUCUCUAUACGCCAGAGGAGACGCGCUACAUCAUGGAUGCCUACGUGGGCGCCGUUUUCGUUGCAGGGGGUUAUCUAACUCUGUACAAUUGGAUAGAAUCUAUGGUACAGGCGCUUCCGGCUGACCCGGAACCAGUGCUUCAUGACGAAGACUGA